GGCAGCAUCUCCUGUCUCUCUCUGAAUAUGGAGGCUCCAGAGGAAGCAGAACUCUGCUUUCCCCACAUCAACACCUCCUGCAGGAGGACGAUGGGUCCUUACGUGGAGACCAUGUUCACUUACACUGUGCUGUCCUGCAUCAUUGUACUCACUGUGAUUCUUAACCUGCUGGUCAUCAUCUCUAUCUCCCACUUCAGGCAGAGUCAAACUUUUUCACAUGGCUACAUAGGCAGCAUCACUUUUUUAUGGCAUAUGUGGCUGCAGCUCCACACCACCACCAACCUCCUCCUCCUUUCUCUGGCUGUCGCUGACUUCCUCGUGGGUCUCCUGCAGAUGCCACUCGUUCUCCUCCAAAACCAAGGCUGCUGGUUCUUGGGCGACAUCUUGUGUGUUGUGCAUUAUUUUUUUGCUGCCCUCCUUGUCAACGUUUCAGUGGGAUGCAUGGUGCUCAUAUCAGUCGACCGCUAUAUAGCAAUUUGUAACCCCAUGUUUUACACCACCAGAGUCACUCUGACCAGAGUUAAACUCUGUAUUUGUCUGUGUUGGAUAUAUCCCGGUGUGCAUAGCAGUUGGAUAUUCAGGAAUGUCUUAAAACAGCCUGACAUGUAUAACACCUGCUAUGGAAGUUGUAUAGUUGUGGUCGGUUUUGCUGAAGGACUUGUUUCUAUGAUUGCCACAUUUUUAGGCCCCAUUUUAAUCAUAGUAGUUCUGUAUUUGAGAGUAUUUGUGGUGGCUGUGUCUCAGGCUCGGGCCAUGCGCGCUCAUGUUGCAGUCGUCACAGUGGAGCGUUCCCAGACUGUAAAAGCAAUGAAAUCUGAGAUUAAAGCAGCCAGGACUCUCGGUAUUGUAAUUAUUGUGUUUCUUCUCUGCUCAUGUCCAUAUUAUUGUUUUUCUGUUGCAGCUGAGACUACCUCGCUUGGGGCAUCAUCUUCGAUCAUUAUGAUUUGGUUAAUCUACUUAAACUCAACCUUUAACCCUGUGAUCUAUGUCUUUUUCUACCCGUGGAUCAGAAAAACCAUUAAACACAUUUUUACUCUUCAGAUUCUGCAGCCUGGCUCCCGUGAAGUGAGUGUGAUGUAG